UCCGCCCCCUGGCGGUGUAUAGACACAACGCUCUCUCUCACACACAGGAGACCCAUUCGGGGGGCGAAGCGAACGGAUAGUCAUCGCAGGACCUGCGGGGGACACCGGGGACUUAUCAGCGCUCACUUGUGGUACACCCCGGAUUAUUACACGGCGCCGCCAGGAGGAGUUAGGGGCCCUGCUGUUGUUACUGUUAGUCAGCAAACAAAGAAGAAGGCAGAGCGGAGCCGCUGUGAAGACGUCCUCCCCGCCCGCCUGUGGCCUCAGAGUUCUGAAACCAUAGAAAACAAUGGCUCAGCAGACCAAUCAAACCGCAGGCCCUAUGCUCUGCAACACAGGCUGUGGCUUUUAUGGGAACCCUAGAACAAAUGGAAUGUGCUCUGUGUGCUACAAAGAGCAUCUUCAGAGGCAGAACAGUGGCCGGAUCAGUCCAAUGGGAGCAGCCAGUGGUUCAAGUAGUCCUACCGCAGAAGCUGCAGCCAUACAGAGAGUAGAAACUGCAUUAAACAACUGUGAGAGCGAUGUUGGCAGCCCUACUGACAAAUCCAGGAAUGUCGCUGCUUUACCCGUGACCCAGCAAAUGACAGAAAUGAGCAUUUCAAGAGAAGAUAAUGUGACUUCUCCAAAAACAGAAUCCUUUGAGCCAGUUGUGACUCAGCCAAGUGCUUCAGUAUCUCAGCCCAGUACAUCUCAAAAUGAAGAAAAAACUCCAGAACUCCCCAAACCAAAGAAGAACAGGUGUUUCAUGUGCAGGAAGAAGAUUGGACUUACAGGUUUUGACUGCCGUUGUGGGAAUCUGUUUUGUGGACUCCAUCGUUACUCUGACAAGCACAACUGCCCUUAUGAUUACAAAGCAGAGGCCGCAGCAAAAAUAAGGAAAGAAAACCCUGUUGUCGUGGCAGAAAAAAUACAGAGAAUAUAAAUCUACUAUUUGUGAAGACUGACUUUAUUACAUAAUUUUUUUUGGUUCUGAUUUUAAUAUAUCCUAGGGAAACAUUAAAGAGCAGAUGCAUGUUUUUCUUUCCGAUAAACUUUUUUUUUUUUUUUUUUGUGAUGUCUAGUUUAUUUUAUUUUUUUCCUCUAUUUUUAUAGUAUGUGUUGAGUGUUACAGGCAAAACUGAAUGAAUAGAUGAUACAGCCCCUCUUACCCCUUUUUUUUUUUGUGUUCCUGAGCUUUCAGAACUUGGACGUCUCCGUACUGGUUUCACCCCUCUUAGUGGAAUGCAUUAGGAAAUGCUAACUGAAUGUGCCAAAAUGUAGGUCUAAAAUCCGUACGGCUGCAGCAGAGAUUACCAGUAUUUAGUCUGGACUGUGAGCUCUGAUGUGUGUGCACCACAGCUGCUUUUUUUUUUUUUUUUUUUUUUUUUUCUGUUUUCUUACUGAAUGACUGCGUUCUUUCACCAUUAGUAUAAAGCAGGGAUGCCCAACCUGCGGCCCUCCAGCUGUUGUAAAACUACAACUCGCAUCAUGCCCUGCUGAUAGCUGUAGGCUGUCCGGACAUGCUGGGAAUUGUAGUUUUGCAACAGCUGGAGGGCUGCAGGUUGGGCAUCCCUGGUAUAGAGCAUAGUUAAAACAUGGCCACAUGAUUUAUUAGAUUUGUUUUAUUUUUUCUUGAUCUUGCCUUUUAACACUUACAAUGAGCAAUACUUUGUUUAGUAUUUGACACUGGAUUUUAUUAUACUUCAGUACAUUUGGCAAUUUAACAGCAGUUACUAUUUCUGUGAAAUAAGUAUAUAUAAAUUAUUUUUUAUUCCCCCCCCCCCCCCCCUCCUCCUCCAAAUCUCCGUUUUCCAAAACCUAGGUUGCAGAGCAUCGAAUAUGCGUUUGUUAAGCUAUUGUGUUCUGAUAAGUCAUGGCUGUUUUGGUGCCCUGGUAUUGUAAUCCUGCAGGGUUUUAAUGUGUUGUGAACCCUACAGUGCCUUUUCUGUUUGCCGUUGUUAUAACUGAGGCAACCAGAAAUUCUGGAUGUGCAGGUUGUCAAUUAAUCCCAGCCCGAACUUUCAGUCCUUUGAAAACAAGAACUUGAACAUUAGCUUGCUGCACACACCAUCCUUUUUGUGUCUCUUGGAUUUAGUAAGGUAAUCUAAUGGCUUGUACCCAUUAAAUGGAGGUUUUCCUAUGUGAUUCACUUGCACAGAUUUGCAUGAAAACCAUACCUUACUUGGCUGCUGUAGAUCCUCUUAUUCUUAUAUAGGGUUGAGGUGUGUGUUUCAUGUUAGUUCUUCCAUGAGUUCUGCCAGGAACCACACUAUGAGGAGCGGGGGCUGCUCAACUUUAUAGUUUUCAAUUGUAAUUGGGUGUAGGACUGUAAUUUUCUUGGUUUUCUUGCAUGGGCUGCAUUAUCUACAGCUUUGUACAAAAACUACUCUAGAAAAGACAGUAAACUUCACUGAUGCUUGUCUGGUAAUAUCACUUCUGUGUUAUAAUGGAAGGUUUGUAUGAGACUUUUAAAAUUUUCUUUGCUCUUUAGAUGAGAGUUUUUUUUAUUUUAUUUUUUGAGUAGUGUUGUGGUAUUGCCUGUUCUCAUCUGUAAAUAGUUUGUAUGUAUGUUCACUUACGUUAAGAUUUGUUUUGUGUUCUGCCCUCAACUCAUUUUACUGUUCCCAAGAAUCAGUUUUUCUUUUUUUCUUUUUCUUUUUUUGCUCUACAACUUGUAUUUCUGUUCUGAGUUACUAGAUAUGCAAAUGUGUACAGAUAGUUCAUAUUUAUGUAUUGCACAUAAUCCUGCUAUUCAGCAUUUAUGCUAUAUUGUAUUAUGUAAAUAAUAAAAAUGUACAGAGGGAAUCA